AUGGGACAUCUCUGCGUCAGGAGAGCGGCAAGUUUCACACCCCCAGGACCCCUAGACCCCGAAUCCAAAAUUUUUACUGAGAAGGCCGAACACGUCCGCUCCUCUCGCUUUGCAUUUGUCAAGUCUCCAUACGACGCGUUUUCUCGGUACACCGAACAAGUUGCAUUCAGCGGCGCACAUAAGGGGAGAAGCAACAGAAGCUUGCCCUAUUCCGGCACAAAGCUGGUAUCUCUUGCUUCACCUCUAGGAACAACUCCCCCUCUCCCACCUCCAUCAUACAAAUCUCCUUCUCAGGCUUCAUUGAUGCCUCCUUGGUCAAUUCAAAACUCAUCUGGCUUUCCAGAUGUCACAACGCAGAGGACUCAGACGCCUUACGUAGCGCAUACUAGAAUCCCAAAGCGUCGUCUGGCGAAUAUUUCAAAAUUGCGAAUCACAAAAAAAUCGAAUCCUCCGUCCAUCUCAAAGCCAAUCAUGCACCCGGAGGGUCCCCUGCCAGGACCUCGCAUCGAGGUGGAAUAUCUCAAGUCCCCUAAAGCUACUUUGAAACCUUGUAUCGCACCUCGAUCUAUGCAGCAUGGUGUCGUUCAACUUCCGGCAAUUUACUUGCCAUCUCCAUCUCAGGCGUAUAUUUUCAAUAACAAAGAAUCUCCUUCCGUAAAAGAUCGAAGCAAACAUUUUCUAUCUGUAGGAGGAGGAGGAUCAUUCGCUUCACAUGGUCCACCCAAAUUAGACCUAGCCUAUUCAUCAUCUCAAAUCGGCCUUGCAUUUUAA